AAUUGAAGACUCACAUGGAGCAUCUCGAGAAAGGUCGAGCGCACGAAAUCGACGAACAAAAAUGGGUUUACGAUUCCUCGUUCGAUCACCGAGGAAGAAGGCCUCUCCGUGCUUCCACCGGAGCUUGGAAAGCCUCUUUCUUCAUCAUCGCAAUCGAGUUUGCAGAGAGGUUGAGUUACUUCGGGAUAGCAACGAGUUUAAUCAUAUACCUUACCGUAGUCAUUCAUCUAGACGUAAAAACAUCAGCCAAGACCGCCAAUCAAUGGGCCGGUGUAACCACUCUGAUGCCGCUCGUUGGAGGCUUUCUAGCCGAUGCUUACUUGGGACGUUUCCCCACGGUUCUUUUAUCGUCGAUUAUCUACCUAAUGGGUUUGAUUCUCUUAACGUUGUCGAGUAUGGUUCCGAGCUUGAAGCCAUGCGCAAGUCACGACCAUUGUCUAGAACCACGGAAAAUCCACGUAAUCGUCUUCUUCAUCGCAAUAUACUUGGUGUCCGUGGGAACCGGUGGCCACAAACCCUCGUUAGAAAGUUUCGGAGCCGAUCAAUUCGACGAUGAUCAUCCGGACGAACGCAAAAAGAAGAUGUCGUUCUUCAACUGGUGGAACGCGGGCCUUUGCGCUGGACUAUUACUCGGUGUAACGCUUAUCGUAUACAUGCAAGUGCACAUUGGUUGGGGUCAAGCGGAUAUCGUUCUUACAGCCGUAAUGGCUUGUUCGGUGGUGAUCUUCGUCAUCGGGAGGCCAAUUUAUCGAUAUCGGAAGCCCGGAAGCCCGUUGAAACCGAUGAUACAAGUGUGUGUUGCUGCAUUUUCUAAAAGAAAUCUGUCUUACCCUUCUAAUCCUAGUGAGUUAUAUGAAGUGCCUAAAUCAGUAAAGACCCAAGAGAGGCUCCUUUGCCACACAGAAAGCUUCAAAUUUCUUGAUAAAGCGGCGGUUAUCGAAGAAAAAGAUUUUUCCGACACGAAGCAACAAGAUCCAUGGAGACUAGCGACCGUAACGAGGGUCGAGGAAAUGAAGCUGCUAUUGAAUAUGAUCCCUAUUUGGCUAACUACCCUACCGUUCGGGAUGUGCGUUGCACAAUCCACGACAUUCUUCAUCAAACAAGGCACCCAACUGGACCGCGAGAUCACGCGUAGCUUCACCCUCCCACCAGCCUCGAUCUACAGCCUAGCGGCCUGCGGUAUGAUGCUUUCGGUAGCGGUUUACGACCGAAUCCUAAUCCCGUUAUUAAGACGUGUAACGGGAACCGAAAGAGGAAUCAAUAUCCUCCAAAGGAUCGGGAUCGGACAGGCGUUUUCCGUCACAGCCAUGAUCGUGUCCGCCGUUGUCGAAAGAAAGCGGCUGACCAUCGUUCAAAAUGACCCGUUACACAGCUCGAUCACCAUGAGCGUGUUCUGGUUAGCACCCCAGUUCGUAAUCAUCGGAAUCGCAGAUGGGUUCACUUUGGUUGGUCUCCAAGAAUACUUUUACGACCAAGUUCCGGAUUCAAUGAGGAGCUUAGGGAUCGCGCUGUAUUUGAGCGUGAUCGGAGCCGGGAACUUCUUGAGUAGCUUCUUGAUCACGAUUGUCGAUCAUGUGACGGAGAAAGUUUCCGGCAAAAGUUGGUUCGGAAAAGAUUUAAACGGCAGCCGUCUGGACCAUUUCUACUGGUUUCUGGCGGCCAUCACGUCCGCGAACCUCUGUGUGUAUGUGUUUGUGGCCAGCAGAUAUUCGUACAAGAAUGUGCAGAGAAAGACCACCGGCGGCACGGUGGCGGUGGCUGAUUGCUACCAAGGUGAUGGCCAAGGGGCAAGGGCUUGAUAUAUAUAUAUAUAUAUACACAUAAAUAAAUUUGCAGGCCAGUAGACAGUAGUUAUAGGAAUAUGUUUUAUAUAUAUGAAUUAAAAUUAUAUAUGGCAAUAGAGAUUCAAUUGCAAACGACAAACGAGAGCGUGUCAUGUUGCCACGUGUCCAGUUAUUUACAUGGUAUUCAUCAUGAAUAUUUAGGUUCAUUAUUCAUGAUGAAUGGAGGACACGUGUCGCUCCCUCCUUUGUUCAUCAGUUCACAACGGAUGACAUGUUUGCAAAUGAACUUUAUGAUCCAUUUAGUAUAAAGAUUUUGCUAUCUUCUUGUAAUUUUAGAUUCAUGAGUAUGUA